GCAAUCGACCCCAGUAGUUUGCUGCAGCAGUGUUAGCUGGCGUGCACCUUGGACUGUCAACAAUGUCGGAUUGUUUAGAGAACACAGACGGCUCAAGUUUAAAUGUCACUAAGAUGAACCGUCUUCAAGCUUUCCAAAGUAAUUUGGAUCGCAUUUGGAUCUCGUGUAUAGUAUAUCCGAAUGAGGAUGAAGAGGGAGGAAGAAGUCCAAACAGCAUAUUUUGCGACUUGAUAUCCGAGGCAGUAGAUGAAUUCUUCAGCGGUCGUUUCAGCCACCCUCCACAUGAAGUACUAACAGGUUUGCACAGUGCCCUGAGGAUUAUUGCUACUUCUUCUCACAGCUUCUAUGAGGAAGAUGAGCAACUCACUAGUGUCUGUAAGAAGAUAUAUAUCUACUGUGUAGAGAUACUUCUUGACAAAUCUUGGAUGAGUGUGCAAGAUGAAAGCAGAGCAUCAGCAACCAAAGACUUUUAUAAAUUCUUCUGCUGUCUUUGGAACUGGUCUCAAGAUCGAUUCCUGGUUUUGGCCAUUCUUAGCCAGAAGCCAUGGGGCCAUGAGAUAAUGAAUCAGGUGCUUGCAGGAGAGGAAAAUACAGACAAGCCAGAAGUUGAUAGAUACCUGACCUUAGAAGGAAAGUACCUCCUUGAACAUCGUCUGCAAGUCUUGAUCCAGGAAGGCAACCCCCUGCAUGCCUUGAACUUAGCCAGAGCCUGCACUGAUCACCCUGUUCUCGGACAAGAACCUAUCUUCCUAGAGACUCUCUUUCUACUCUACUUCAAUCUUGGUCUGACCCAAGAACUUGAGUCACAGGUUGAAGAUCAUCCAACACUGGAAGAUGUCAUGAAAGUAGCAGAAAGAAUGAGCAGUUACUGUCCAGGAAAUGCAUCACAUAUAUUCAGAUUAAUCAUAAAACAGCUUUGGGAUGAAGAUAAUCAUAGCAGUCUUCUGAUAAGAGUGUCUGUAGGUUUGUGGCUUGAUGCAGAGUUGAAGGUUUGCUCACCCCGAUCUGAUAAGUUUGCUGAAGACCUAGAAGGCCUCUCAGAUCUGACAAAUGAUCCCCUCCAUUUAUACAACCUUGCUGACAUAGUGUACAAGAAGGUUGGUGAACCUGCUAUUCCACCCCUGGUUUCCCUUUGUCUCAAGGCUUUGCUGGUACCAAGUGUCUCUGUUUCUGAGGAUAUCAUCCAAGCAGCACAGAUAGAUUAUGGAAAUGCAGCUGUCUGUCUGCUGUUGUCUGAGAUUUUGAAAAAUGAUGAGAGGAUACAGCGGAUGUGCCUCCUUGCUGCGUUUUUCAUUGCUCCUUCACUCGAUAGACUAUCUGCUCUUCAGGACAGUUACCAAGACUCAAAGGAAUCAAAUUUUCCAAAGCUAACCUCCUAUCAACAGCAUGAUCUUAUCAGGUGCAUGGACUUCUUCAUACCUGUGCACGUAUCGUUAUCUGAAGAUUGGUCAUCAGUUUCAAGCACCUUAACAGGAUAUCUUCGGAAGAGCAAGGUAAUGUGCAUCUCAUUGAGCAAACCAUUUGGUGAUGUAAGAAUGCUGAAGUUUUAUGAUAAAUCUUGGCAUCCUGUUCAUCAAGACUUCAAGCCAUUGGGGGUGGUUAGGGUAAAGGAGGCAUUCCAUUCUUCAGUAAGAUGCCAUGAAAACAUAGUGCUCUUGUCCUGCAAGCAUGAACGCCAAAUUGAACCCAAAUCAAAGAAGAAGCGUCUUGUUGAAACAAGGAGUCUACAAGAAUGUUCAGAACCUCCAAAUGCUAUUCCUGUGUUGGAUGCUCAAACUGAUCAGAAAUGGUUACCCUGCUAUGUGUUGGAUCUCUCCCAAGAAACAUUAACAGAACAGGAAUUCAUUGAUGAUGCCAGUGAUGAACCAGUGGAAGAUGGGGCUUUUAGCAGAGAAUCACCUGCCUCGCAUAGUCCCCAACCAGUGCUAGAAAUGCCAUCAGUAUUACCACCGGGAGGAACAUCAGAUAUGUGUGCUCAUACUGAAGAAAGGACAGAUCUGCAAGAAAAGUCACAAGAAUUGUUGGAAAAUAAUGACACAGUGUGUGUUUCAAUUAACAAACAGUCCAGAUCAUCUGAUCAAGAAUCAACACUUCUAAUGCAUUCAAGUGUCAAUGAAAGAGAAAGAAAAUUGAUGUUUAUAAAUGAGGAGGAACAAUUCAACCCCCAACAGGGAGUAGAAUAUGGGAGAUUGCAUUUGAACAGAAAUGACCUUGAAAAUGUUGAUGAUGGUAUGACAUUGCUUAAUGAUGAACUUCAUGUAGAUAGCCCCAUACCUGUUGAUAGAAGUGAUAGCAGUGAGGCAGAGACUUUGAAUUAUGCAGAUGAACCAAAGUACAUUUCUAAUAGCAAUGAGACUGUGAGUUUUGUUGAUGAACAGGAUUGUAGUUCUAAUAAUUUAGAUGAGGAAGAUGUAUCAUGCUAUGAUGAGGAGGAGGAUGAAGGUCCCCUUGAUCUGAGGAAAGUAAAAACAGUUUGUAUGUUGAAUGGAAAAGUGGAAGAAAUCAAAGAUCCAAACAUAAUUUCUGAUGAAUUUGAGAACCAAGACUCAUUGAAUUUAAAUGCCAAUGAUGUACAUCCAUGUUGUACACAGACAGAACCAUUGGACCUUACCAAAUCUGUAGUUCAAAGUGCUCUUACUGAUAAAGCUAAGGUUGUUCUUGUGAAAGAUAAGAAAGCUGAAGAACUGUUGUUAAGGAGACAUUCACAGGAUUUCAAUGAAGAGCAUGAUGAUUCUUAUUACUUAAGACCACCAAAAGAAAGGGACAAGAAUGAUGAAUUUCAAAUGUGUAGUUUGUCAUCAGAUCAAGGGUUUGACCUCAGACAAAGAAAAUCACAUAUGAAGACUUCUGUGUGUAGUGUAAAGCUGACAUGUUUCAUGAAACAAAGAGCCAAGAAUCAGAAUCCACAUAAUCUACAGUUAUGGAAAUUCGUGGUUAAAGAGAGAGCCAAGGUUCAAGGAGAUGAGAGCUAUCCACAUGAAGUAGAUAUUGAUGUAAAGUCACCAGAAGAAAGUCUGACUGGUUUCUCAGGUGAAAGAGUGCUCCAUAUUGAAAAGUCCUCAUCUGCAAUGCAGGAUGAACAAGAUGAUGUGGAGGACAUACAGAUUCUUCAUUCAGAAACAAAUAGAGAAUCAGGAGAAAACUGGACAGAUGUGUUCAGUGAGAACAGCAUCCCAUGGAUAGAUGGACAGUUAGAACAAGAUGAAGGAGAAAAAGAGCCAGAAAGUCCAGCCUGGACUGCAAUAACAAGUGUCAAUCUAGACAAAUCUCCAGAGGAUGUUUCAUGUGAAGACAUGACUAAUAUCAGAGAGCAUGUUACAGAAGAAAUACCUAUGCUGGAUUAUGAACCUCAACCUUAUCCUUUGAAUAGGUUAAGAAAUUCAGAGUUGCCAAUCUUGACCCCAGAACAUGGACUUGAUUUAACAGUGUUACCUUCAACAGAGGGCUCUUUGCAGACCUGUGAAAAUGCAGGCAUUCCUCUACUUCUUGAUUGCUAUGAGGAAAAUCCCCAUGUAAAUGUGACCACUUACCAGUAUGUUGACAAUGAGCAAGAAGAAUAUCAAGAUAUUGAAUACCCUCAAGGUAUAAAUGAUCUUCCUGGGAGUGCCUUUUGUGAGAUUGAUGAUCAAAGUUCUGCAGAUCACAUAGAAACAAUAGAAGAAGCAGCAUUUAGCAAUGAGAUAGAAACUUUGGUUUAUAUACCAGUUGAACCGCUCAAUUUCCAUCAGGAAGGGCUGCCUGAUAGGGAAUCUGUUCAUUGCACGUGUCUUCAAGGGAAAAUGGAGAAGAUGGCUUCCAAAGAAGAUGAACAUUUUAAUGCCAAAGAAUGGCAUUGCAUACAACAGAGAAAAAAUGAAGAUAUUACAGGGAGUAUUACCAAUGGUAUAGACAUUGGCCUUGAUAUGCGGGACAAAUCAUUAGAUCACAUAGCACACGGUGAAGUCUGUUUCAAGGAUACCCUUGAAGGUCACUUAGAUAGUCAGGAUGACCAUGUCGUCUUAGUGAGUACAGGAAACAAGAUAGGAGAUGAUGAAAGAGAACAUGUUGGUGCAUUGUUAGACUAUUCAUUUGCUUCAGAAGAGCGGAUAGAGAUGAAUAGACAGACAGAGAGUGAAUCAAGCCCAGUUAAUGAGAUUAACUUGAGAUCAUUGGCUGCUUCAUCAAAUCUAGGAGAAAAUUUAGUUGUAGAUGCCAACUUGUCACUUCCUGAUUUAAAAGGGAUGUCCAUGGAGAGACAUCGCUAUGACAGGCAAGAUCCUAAUUUGGUAGGGAUAACUCGUCUUGAGGAAGGUAAACGUGUAGGGAUUGUGACUAACAAUGCAUUGUCAGAAUCAACAGAGUACAAGACCAUUGCUAAUCCUUCACAUCAAAUUGCAGCACAACCGUUUCCUGUGGUUGAAGCUAAAGAAGUUAAAUCGCCAUUGCUGAUACUUGAAACUAAAGCCAAAAAUGAUUCGUCGUCAUCAAAGAAAAGAAAAGCUAGUCAAAGUAGAAAUGUCUGGUCUGCAUUUUCUGCUACACAGGAGUCUCCAAAGAUAAUGGAUAAUUCAAACGCUCUUAAUACAUCAGAUCCUCUAGACCUCAGAGAUGAAAAAACACAAAAUGGUAAUGACUGCAUAUUCAUCGCAGAUGACUUUGAGCUUAAGAAGAAGUCCAUCAUUGCUGGAAUCAAACUUAGGAUUAUGAGUCAGAAGGAUAAACCUUCGGUGCCAGAAAGUGAUUCAAGUACAAAAAUGGAAUAUUUGGUUUCUUCCUCAAAGGAAGAUGUCUCUUGUCAACACAGAAAGGCUCAAUUUAAGAGGUCAGUCUGUUGUGUCAACAUUCCAUGUAGAAUGGAUAGGAAAAAUGUCAAAGAUAAUCCAUUUGCUCAAUCUGAACAAUGGAACUGCAUAUCAAAGACUUCGGAAAGCAAAGUGGAUUCAGUGGAUCACAUGCAAAAUACAGACCUUGAGCCUAAUUCUCUUGAUGAAACUAAUACAUCAUUACAUGAGAGAUUAUCAGACCCAAGUGCAACUGAAGGACUAUCAGAAAGUACGUUUCCUAAUGGAUGCAGUGAAUUUAGAAUCCCAUGGGUAGAUGGACAAGUUUCUCAUGAAAAUCAACCAGAAUUAGACAGUCAAGCUUUACUUCCUUUGGAAAAUGAAACAAUACCAGAUCAUGAGAAUAUCAUCACAGAAGCAUAUGAUGUUUCAUCAGAUAUUACAGGAGAUCCUGAUGUAAAUGUAACCCAGCCAUGUUUGGAAACGCAAGAGAUAUCUAUGGAUUAUCCAGGCACAAAGGGUGUAGAUUCAAGCAUGCAAGGGAUUACAAGUUUUCAUCUGGAUCAAUAUGGGUGUGUUCCCUUUGAUGACAUGAGAGAAGUAGAAAAUCAAACAGAACACAUAAUGGUACAGAAUUCCUUACAACUCAAUGAAGUACAAUCCAACUAUAUGGAUGAAGAUGCAGUAGUCCAGGUUUUGAAUGAGGAACAAGCUGCAGGAGCAGAAAAUUGUUAUACACCUCUGAGCAUGGUGAUCAGUGACAAGUCAUUUAGUAACUCUUCAUGCAGAGAUAAAGACACCCCUCAACCAGUGGAUUCUUGUGAAAAAGAGUUUUGUAGUGAUGAAAUAACUUGUCAGGAGGUAAGAUGUGAGCAUCCUAGGAGUAAAGACGUGAUCUGUUACAAAGAUGAUAUGGAUUAUUCAAUGGAAACCACUGAUUUCAGCAUUGAAAAUUCAUGCUCUGAAGAGAGGGAAACAGUCCUAGAAGGUAAGAUGGGAAAUGUGGAAGACAGUCACCUAUCAAGAAAGAGACACUUCAAGCAGUCUGUUUCCUGUAUCAGUAUCCCAUGUAACAUAGAUAGAAAUAAUGCCACAGUGAGUCCUCGAGCUGAAGCAUGGUUCAGAAAUAUAGAAAGCAGAGAUUCAAAGAAGUGUGAAUACAUUGCAGAAGACAUCAUUCCUGUUGUAGAAGUUAAUGCAGCUGAUUGCGUCAAUGUAUCAACAAGUGAUACAUUUUCAACUGAAGCCAAUGGAAGUGCUUCAACCCACCAGGUGAAAGGGCUAUAUCUUGAAGCACCUGAGUUAUCAAUUCAACAUCUCUGUUCCACAACAGAUAGUCUUUUGUUGCCAGGAGAAGAUGUAACCAGCAUAGCAAGAAAUGUUAUGAAAAAUGUGACAGCUGAAUCUCAGGAGGAAGAUUGCGACACUGAAAGCCACUCUGUUGAAAACAAGGAGUCAAAGUUUCAAACUCAGAUCAAAGAAGCUGAAGCAGAAGCCAGUACAAUGUUAGAGUUAAUAGCGAUUGGAGAAAGUAGUGAUAAUGCAGGAAAUAUCGCUCAAGGUAUUGACAACUUCUGUUAUUCCGAUAAAUUCUAUAAUGGUGUAGGGGAAAAGGAGUUGACCGUUCACAACAACAAAGCCUUUGAAAUUACAGAGAAGAGAAACAAGGAAACAAAAGUUAGCAAUUCAAUUACAGGAAUUGUUGAUCAGAAUAAUGAAGAUCAAAUUAAGAAACUUUCAGGAUCAAAAGAGAACAUCAUCUGUGAUCAGGGGUCCCAAGUUUGUUCCGAAGCAGAAGUUCUUUAUCAAUCUGAAGGAAAUGUGUGUGCGAAAAAUGACCAAGUUGUUGAGCAGUAUAAUGUUGCCUGUAACAAGGAUGCUGUGUGCAUAAUGGGGAAUGACCAGAAUGACCAGUUGGAUGUUGACUCUGAGAGUAGUGUAUGUGAUGGAAAUGUUGAUAAACAUCUACAAAAAUGCACAAAUGACUUACAUGUAUCCACUGAGGAAUGCUCUGCUCUUAAAGAGAUUGCAUCUGGUAGUGACAUAGGGCAACUGGAUGAAAUUAAGACUGAGAAACAGUGCCAAAGAGAGAAAGGUGAAUAUUCAGUUAGUGAAAUUGCCAAGUCACAUGAUGAUGAAGAUACAGUUCCAGGUACAGGUGGACAAUCCUCUCAGUUUCAAGAUGAAGUGAAUCCAUAUAAUGUGCAUCCAGGUGCCAACCAGACAAGUGAGACACUUCUGAAACAAGAAUUAGAAGACAUUGAUUUUUGCCGAAUAAAUGCAGAACAGUCAGGUGUGAAGGAGCAGAAUGGAGAAAAUAGUGGAGCUCUUGAAGUUGUGGAAAAACCAAGUUUCAAAACAUCAGUCCACAACUCUGACCAUCACAUAGGGAGGGAUCUGAAAAGUGAAUUGAAUGUGUUUGAACCAGUAAGAAGAAAGACAGAGGUAAUGAGCAAUGAACAAGAACCUAUUGGGAAGGUAGAAAAAUGUAAGAGACCUUGCAAAACAUUUAUCUCAGGAAACCGUAAAAAUGAGUUAUCAAAUAACUCACCAUUGUUUAAGAAGAGAGAUGCCAUGUAUGGUUUGACAUAUAGUAAGACAAAAUCGUCUGCUGGCCAGACUAGAAGUCAGUCACCAUCCAUACAAUAUUUCAAUUCCAAGAAAACAGGAAAGGAAUCCUCAAAAGUGGACAUUCAGGUGUGUCCUAACACCUCCAAUAAAUUCAUCUCAAAGAAAUCAAUGAAACCAUCUAGUAGACAACAACCUUGUGAUAAAGACAAAAUAAUAAACAAACUACUUCCUAUCAGACGCUUUGCAUCUAGGAAAGCUGGCACAGAAACUCCACCUCAUAGAGAGUCAUCAAGUAAAUGUCCUGUACAGGUUUCCAACAAAUUCAUCUCAAAGAAACCAUGUGAAGCUGCUUCAAAGCCGGUGAUGUGUGACAGGGUUACUCGGAAUACAGUUAAAACCUCAAAUGCACCAGUACGUCAAACUGUGAAACAGACAAGCUCAGAUUCACAUGCAUGCAACAAACUAUCUCACCUACCUCUUCCAUUAAGAUCAACAGCAAACGAGGGAAGAUCCUCUUCUUUGAGAAUGUCUGUAAAGUCUUCCUCCUGUAAACCCCAGAAACGUUCAUGUUCUGAAACUUCUCCCCCACCGAAAGUCAUGAAACUCUCUUCCACUUGUCCUUCACUUGUAACUUCAACCAAAAAUCCUACACAAAAGCAUUUAUCCACUUCUAGGAAGUCAGUAAGGCAGGGGUCAAAAAAGGCCUGCUUAGCAUCAUGUGGUGUGACUACCAGAAAACGGAUGAAAAUGGAGGGCAACAAACGGAGGAAAUGAUAUUGUGACAAUCACUAAUCUAUUUUUUUCUCUUUUCUUUUGCUAGAAUUUGUACGUUUUGAUAUGGGUUUUUAUGCAAUAUAUUUAUGUGUCAAAGUUUUCCUUACAUAAGAACCAAGUAGAUAUGUGCAUCCCUUUCAGCUUGCAUUAAGAGUAAAAAGAAUACUGAGAGAACAUGCUAAAUGCAAGUUAUCACUGUUUAUUAUCAUCAUCAACCAACAUCAUCAUCAUCCAACAUAAUCAUCAUCAUCCAACAUCAUCAUCAUCGUCGUCGUAAGUUCUUUAUGUAUUUGAAGUCAUGUCAGAGGUAUUUUUUUCAGUACUUUUCCAAUAUUCAUACUGAAUAUUCCUUAUUUAUUUUCUACAGGCUGACAGACAAGUCAAUGAAACAAACUAUUAUAGUUUUUUUUUCAGAGAGGCUGAGUGAUGUAUUGUGAAUUGUAAUAACAGUAAUACUAAAACUAUAUUUAUGCCAACUCAUUAAUUGAAAACUCAUGUUUAUUUAAGGUUAUGUAAUGUGUUAAUUUAUCCUCCAUAAAGAGUGCAAAAAAUCCUUUUAUUACCUCAAAGUUAUAACCAGUUGAAAGCUCAACUCAGUCUUUUAAGAUUUUGGCAUGUGCAGGUAUUUACUAUUCCUUCAAACAGAAUUCAGGAACAACUCCCAGUUAUGAUUCAGAAACAACUCCUUUAUUGGGGUGUAUCAUAUCUCUGAUUAUUCAAAGUAGCCCAUUAUGCAUCACAAAUUGUCAUUUUUUUAAAUUUUAAAUGUGCAUUGAUAUUUGAAUAAUCUUUUUACUACAUUUUUCUUUCCUUUUUUGUGUUCAGAUUUCAUGAUACUCUAACUUUGCCUGAAUAUUUAUAAUUUCAAAGACAAUUGGUAAUUUUGGUUUAUGAUUUAGUGGUAUAGUAAUAUCACAAACUUAAGUUUGGAGUUGACAGUUAUAAUCCAUAAUUCUAUGGAGUGUUUGGUUUCUGCCAUUUUUUCAAUAUUCAUGAAAAAGUGUAAUGUGAUAUACCAAAGAAUCACAUUCCUUUUUUCUAAUUCAUACCAGUAAUUCAAUAAUUUGGGAAACAUCGAUCACUGCAGAAAUAAAUCUGUACUUUGUGAAUUGAUUGGCAACAGGCAAUUUUAUAAAAAGUUUGGUCAGUUUACCUAGGGUUAAAUCAAUGAUAGCAGUUUUAGCCCAAUAUGCAAAAAUUUGGUACCUACAUGUAAGAAAUAUGCUUUGGUUAUCCUUGUAGUUGCCUCAGCUGUGAUGUUACCUUUCUCUUAUUUCCUAUUCAUACAUUGAUUUUAUUCAUAUUUUUGUACAUUUGAUAUUUGGCAUAUUCAUUGUUUGUUUUUAUAAUGCUGACAAAAAAAUUAUUGAUCAAAUUUAUAUUCAUUGCUGAAAUUGUUUGCUCAUUGAUCUUAGCAACAUGAGAGGGACUAUAUGAAAACAAGAUGUACAUGUAUGUAAAAUGGGCUAUUUGACAUGUGUGUUAAUGGGAUACUUCUAGGAGAAAAACAGUGAUGACAUCUACAGACACAGUAGAUGUGCAAUUUAUACAUGAAGAUAAAUUGAAAGGCCAAAGGGGGGAUCUUUAUCUUUGUGUACUCUUUCCCGGGGGGGGGGGGGGGGGGCCACUUGCAUUGACGAGUGGAUACUAUGCGCCACCCCAAAAUAAGGAUUUUUUUUUCAAGACGGCACGUUACGUAUGUAACGUAAUAAGGGUGUUAAAAACAAACACUAAAAUAAUGAAAAAAGGUAUCUCUUUCGAUCGGAAAGCUACGUUUUCAGGGUCAAAUUUGCGAGAGUAUAAAAAAGACUAACAUGUUUUAUAAAGGAUGUACUUUUUGCCCCAACAGUCAACACUACGUGUUUAGAGUCCGAUUUGCGCGAGGUGGGGCCGUACUAAACCCAAUGAUGUAGGUAAAGGUAAAACCGACGACCAAAGUCUGUGACAUAUAACAAUUAAAAUAUCACUGUUCUUGUUUAGGGGUUCAAUUCAGAGAAUACUUGCCAAGGGUAUCGUUUUGCUGCAAUACUUGUUAAGGGUAGGGUUUCACAUGCCAAUACUUGUUAAGGGGUGCAUUUUCAAUUUGAGACCCCAUGGUCGCGCAUGGUAUCCACUCGUCAAUGGAAGUGGCCCCCCGGGACUCUUUUGCAUUUAUAAUGAGCUCAUGACUGUUUAAAGUGAUGUUCAAGCUCUAGAUAUACAUAAGCAUGUAAAAAAACUUGCAAUCAAAUGAUAAAAGUAUGGAGAUUAUACAAUGUUGAAGUAUGAAAAAAAGUUCAGGAUAUAACCCUGCUGUUAGUUUUUGUAUGGUCCUUUAUGGUUGAAAUAAGUAGAAAAAAUUGACAAUAUUUAGAGCGGUUUCAAAAGUGUUGACUCUCAUUUUCAUUGGGCAUAGAAGCAUCAGUUUUAAGUGGAGUGUAGGUUUAGAGGAUUAGUUAGUAUCAUUGUAAUUGAAAAAAGGUGUGCUCUUUGGGCUAAACAGAGUAUGGACAAUUUUAUCUCUAGCCUCUUUUCAAGUGGGGUCUGUGUUUAGUGUUUGAAUUUCCCUAAUGUCAACAUCAGCUUUUGACUCCGAACUUGAAGUCACCCAAUGUGCUGAUUUUUUUUGAAAAUAUAAUAUCACUUGCAUUAAGACAAUGGAAAUCUAAAGUUUUAAGUCAGCAUUUCCAAAUGAUAAAUUAAAGGCGAAUGAAACCUUUGGAACAAGUAGGCUUGUGUCAAAACAGAAAAAUCAAAGAAUAAGAACAAAGAAAGUUUGAGAAAAAUCGGACAAAUAAUGAGAAAGUAAUAUGAGCAUUUGAAUAUUGCAAUCAUUAAUGCCAUGGAGAUCCUCCCAUUGGCAAUGCAACAAGGAUGUGUGAUGUCACAUGUGAACAACUUUCCCUUUGAUGGACUAUGAAAUACCCUCAAAAUGUCUCUUUUUGCUUUUUCUUAUGGUGAUACAAACUCUUUAUCCAUGAUGUAUUCUUUAAAAUAUGUAUUACAAGCCUUCCUAUAGAAAGAACACUUGAUCUACUGUUAGAUGUGAUAAAAGAGGCAUUUUAAGUGAAAUAUAUACUAAAGUAAUGGGGAGAGUUGUUCACAAGUUACAUCACACAUCUUUGUCGCAUUGCCAAUGUGAGGAUCUCCAUUGCGUUAGUGAUCACAAUAUUCAAAUGCUCAUAACUUUCUCAUUAUUUGUCCGAUUUUUCUCAAACUUUCAUUGAUCUGUUUCUUUGAUUUUUCUGUUUUCACACAAGCCUACUUGUUCCAAAGGUUUCAUUCUCCUUUAAGUUUGAUUCCUGUUUAUUAACAGAUUUAGUGUUUGAUUUAUCAAUUUCAAUUUUGAGCAGAUUCAUGAAAAUCGCAUUUUAAUUACAGUAAGAAUAUAUAUAAUCACAAAUAGUUAAGUAAAUGCCAUGAAUAAAAUCGUAGAUUUUAAAAGGAGCGUACCUCUAAAAAAUGAGAGGUUUAUUCACACUCUUCAUCAGUGCCCAUGAUGUGACCCCAAAAAAGAGAAUUAAACAGUCGUGAAAAACAUGUCUGUUCAUGGACGAAGAGUGUGACUUAACCUUUUAUUUUUGAGAGCUACCCUCUUAAAAUCUAUGAUUUUAUUUCUAUGGCAUUUAUAAACCAUUUUUGAUUAUUUUAUUCCAUAAUGUAGAGCAUGUCCAAGAGGGAUUUUUUUAAUGAGGAGUUUACAGAUUUCUUAGAUAAUUGUACCUUUUUAUAUGCAAGUUGCUGUAAGGUACGCCUGUACUGAAAUUUCCGUUCCUCUUCAAUUUUCUUGUAAGAUCUUAAUUUCUUUGUCUGGUAAUUUGAUACUUAAAACAAUGCCAAAGAAGUCAAAGCAUUUGGAAGAUAAAUUCAAAUUACAAUUAUAUUACCUUGGUAUGAUGAAUAUUUAUUUGACUGUUAUUUUUCCAUUAUUUCUUUUCUUCAAAUGUUCUACCAGUUCUACCAACUGAACUCUGAAACCUGUUAAGGUGUUCCUACCUUAAGUGAUAAACAUUGGUGAUUGUAUUCAUGUGACUUGAUUUUGUAAUUUGUAUAAACUUUGAAAUGUAACGUACAUAUAGUUCCUUGCCAGUGCAUUCCAGGUUUUUGGAAAAGAUUUUCUUGCAAUAAAUUCAUGUACAAAACGCA